CCCGGAACUGGGGGAGCAAGAUGGCGGCCGAGCUGGGCGGAUUGCUGGUGAUUGGAGGCGGAAUCUCCGGAGUGACCUGCACCGAGCACCUUGCAUCUCAGUUUCCUGCAGAAGAUGUGUAUCUGAUAACAGCCUCUCCGUUAAUUAAGGCAGUGACCAAUUUAAAGCAGGUUUCAAGGGUUUUGGAAGAGUUUGAUGUUACAGAACAGAUCAGCACAGAAUUGGAAAGACAAUAUCCAAAUAUUAAGGUGGUUCAGUCAGCGGUGAGCGAGCUGAAAUGUGAUGAGAAGAAAAUAAUCACUAAAGAUGGAUCUGAGUAUUUCUACAAAAAGCUGUGUGUUUGUGCUGGAGCAAAACCUAAAUUAAUUGACCAAGGAAACCCCUAUGUGCUGGGAAUACGCGACACAGACAGUGCGCAGGAGUUUCAGAGGCAUCUCGCCAAUGCCAGGCGGGUGGUGAUUGUGGGAAAUGGAGGCAUCGCACUGGAAUUGGUCUAUGAGAUCGAGGGCUGUGAGGUCAUCUGGGCCAUUAAAGACAAAUCUAUCGGAAACACUUUCUUUGACGCUGGAGCAGCACAAUUUCUAAUCUCACAGCUCAGAGCUGAUAAGGCAGCAACGUCUCUGACCUGCAAGAGAAGCCGUUACACAAUGGAUGUCCCUGCCAGCAGGAAUGACUCCUCGGUGGGCAGCGCUCUGGGUCCAGACUGGCACGAAGGGCUGAAGCUUAAAGCCACAGAGGAGUUUUCCCAUUGUGUUCAUGUAGAGGCUGAAUGUGAGGUGAAGCAAAUUUUUCUUCAAGAGGAGUUUAAAACAUUGAACAUGACCACAUUUUCUCCACCACACAAAGAUGGCAGCCGCACUCCAGACCCCACCUCGUGGCCGGUUUACGUCCAGCUAACCAAUGGAAAUACUUAUGGCUGCGACUUUCUAGUCAGUGCCACAGGAGUGGUUCCUAAUAUCGAGCCCUUCAUCUGCGGUAACAAUUUUGAUUUAGGGGAAGACGGAGGUUUGAGGGUUAAUGAGCACAUGCGUACAUCGCUGCCAGACAUAUACGCGGCUGGCGACAUCUGCACGGCGUCCUGGAAGCGAAGCGCCUUGUGGCAGCAGAUGAGAUUGUGGACUCAAGCCCGCCAGAUGGGAUGGUACGCUGCGAAGUGCAUUACUGCAGAUCUCCUGGGACAAGACAUUGAAAUGGAUUUCUGCUUUGAACUGUUUGCACACAUUACCAAAUUCUUUAAUUAUAAGGUAAUCUUGUUGGGAAAAUACAACGCCCAAGGGCUCGGGACCGACCAUGAGCUGCUGCUGAGGUGCACAAAAGGCAUGGAGUAUGUAAAAGUGGUUAUGCAGAAUGGACGGAUGAUGGGUGCCGUAUUAAUUGGGGAAACGGAUUUGGAAGAAACCUUUGAAAACCUAAUUUUAAACCAAAUGGAUCUUUCACAAUAUGGAGAAAAUCUUCUGGAUCCAAACAUUGACAUCGAAGAUUAUUUCGAUUAAAACUUGGUAAAAGCUGAACCCAGGUCAGAGGAAGAGAACAUGCUGCUGGAAUAUGGGAAAUAUUAUUUUAUUCUGUAAAUAUAGCAAAUAUUUCUGUUAAAAUGAUGAUUUUCUGCAUUAAUUAUAAAGUAUGCAUGUCAGCAUGCGAUGAAGAUCUUAUGUUUAUCUAGGACAGGGGUGACCAAAACGUAGAUGACCAUGGCUUUAAAACUCCCAUGAUGCCUUGCCAUUCUAAAGGCAUGCAAAGCAUCAUGGGGGGGUUGUAAUUCUACAACAUCUGGGGAUCUACCUUUUGGGCAGCUCUGAACUAGGAGGAGAUCGUGGAUACUGGGAGGUGUUGCACAGGAGCAUUCUGGGAAAAGAAACUGCAGUUUUCUGUGCUUAUGGUGGACAGCCAUGGGAGAUUCAGCUACAGAAACCAAAAUAAAGGUGAGAAAACUCAUCCAGCAAAAUAGAACCUCAAACUCCAGGGAUACAAAGGGACAAUGUUCUGCCUUGUUUAAUAAAUGGCAAAUAUAGAGGAAGGAACGGAAAACUAUCCUCUAAAAACGGGCAUUCACAAAUUAUAUAAAAUGCCAAAAAAGUAUCCAAGCAAUAUCACUCCUAUUCUGUGCGAACAGAAAAUAGUCCUAUCUGCCAGCAGUAAAAUUCUCAUAAGGAAAUCAUGAUCGUAAUCAAACAAAAACCUAGUCAUUUCUGUAGUGAGUAUUAGAUCCUAAUGGUUUGUUAGUAAUUGUAUUUAAUUCUGGAAUACUAUCUAAUCUCACAUACAGAGUGAUCGUAUUAACUUGCUGCUUCCAACGUCUCAGAUGGCCCCAGUAGACUGGAAAUGUUUGCCAAAUGACAGACAUAUUGAGCUUCUUUCUGUCCACAGGUAAAACUGGCCUUGGGCAUUCUGCACAAAGUCUGUUUGUUGUAGCCUUAUCUAAAGGUUUUCUAACCCAGAUCUCCAGAUAUGGUGAAAUAUGGACAGCAGGAACCCAUUCACUGACUCUUGGACGUUUAAUGUGUCCCCGAUCAAAAAAGACUCCGCUUUAUUAGGAAUAGUGGAACACUCCUCAUCUUUGGAAAAUGCAUCGGAUGAAACGUCUUCAACCAAACCAUAAUAAUCCUCAGAGUCUGAAUCAGACGAUUCACUGGAUGAAGUAUGAUAUGAAUCUGGUUUGCCUCCUCACGGUCAGAGGGUUUGUGUGAUUUAGACACACGUUUCUUAUGGUGAAAUAGUGAUUCUUUGAUUUUAUAUUGGUCCCUAUGUU